AGGAGGAGAGGAUGGACCUGCAGGGGUGAAAGUGGAUGAUUUUUGUUAGGCUUCUUCUCCUACAGCUACACCUAACCACUCUCACUCUGUUCUAACUUCGAACCUUUCAAGGUAAAAGGGAACUCUUUCUCUCACGAACACUCGCACACAAACACCGCAUUGAGCGCGUUGUCAGAGAUGACAGCAUAGAAAUUCCACCCGGUAUCCUACAUGCAUACACAAAGCUGUAGCUGUGGUAAAAUAUAACGAACACCGGGAGCUUGGUUCGCUUCGUUGCAUGGGGGACUCACUGCCUAUCCAAAAGGCAGAGCCAGUCCCCUGACCAACAGACUAAUUCAUUUGAAUUAGUUCAUGGAUUUAAUGAUGUCACGAGAUACGUAACGGAUACGGGGAUUAAUAUUACAGGCACCGAGAGUUUACACCGCGCAGUUUACACUGACUCUCGUGCCAUUUCGAUAUACCAUGGUUCCGGGAUUUGAAUAGGUAGGCUAUCGUAACGAAACCCACUGGGAGUCAUUAGAACAAAAAGCGCUCCUUCAAUUUUCUACGCCUGCUUCGCGGCAGCAGAUUGGGGUAAUAGCCACCACCACCAGGAUUGCACAAGUCUCCAUUUCACAUGGGCGAAGGCAGGGCUCGGUUCUGCUUUGGUUGGACCCGGGCUCGCUGUCAAGAACAAGACAAAGGUGUGUCGGACCCUGAUAGGGAACCGGAAACGCGAGAGAGAUGGGCCGAACUGUUCGACCAACUGGACCUCAAUAAAGACGGUAAAGUCGACAUCAACGAGCUGAGGAUAGGACUCGCUGCCCGCGGUUUACUUCGCAGUGACGCGGAGGAGAUAGUGCGUGAGAGUGACACCAACCAUGAUGGCUUGCUGGACUUUGAGGAGUUCUCUCAGUACCUGUGGGCCCACGAGAAGGAACUGCGGCUCAUGUUCCACACACUGGACCGCAACCAUGACGGCCGCAUUGAUGUCGGGGAGAUUCAACAAUCGCUGCACAACCUGGGACUGGAGGUGUCCACAGAACACGCCAUCAAAAUACUACAGAGUAUGGACAGGGACGGCACCAUGACUAUCAACUGGAGUGAGUGGCGAGAUCACUUCCUGUUUAACCCUCUUCACAACAUGGAGAGCAUCGCCCACUACUGGAAACACUCUCUGAUGUUUGACAUCGGAGAGCACAUGACAGUGCCGCCAGAGUUUUCCCAACAAGAGCGCCAGUCGGGGGUAGUGUGGAGGCAGCUGGUUGCCGGGGCGAUGGCAGGGGCGGUGUCACGUACAGGAACCGCCCCCCUCGACCGUCUCAAGGUCUUCCUACAGGUGCAUGGCUCCAGCUCUAGGGGGAUCAACCUGUGGACGGGGCUGAGGGGGAUGGUCCAGGAGGGGGGUGUACGAGCCCUCUGGAGGGGCAACGGCAUCAACGUUCUCAAAAUAGCCCCAGAGUCUGCCAUCAAGUUCAUGGCCUACGAACAGAUCAAGUGGCUGAUCCGGGGCAGAAAUGAAGCAGGUACUCUGCGGGUGCAGGAGAGGUUCAUCGCUGGCUCUCUGGCUGGAGCCACUGCACAGACAAUCAUCUACCCUAUGGAGGUGCUGAAGACUCGUCUGACCCUGAGGAAGACUGGCCAGUACUCUGGCAUUGUAGAUUGUGCCCGUCAGAUCCUGAGGAAGGAGGGGGUGCGAGCCUUCUACAGGGGCUACGUGCCCAACACACUUGGCAUCAUACCGUAUGCUGGCAUAGACCUGGCCGUCUACGAGACUCUGAAGAAUGCCUGGCUCCAGCGGUACAGUAAGGGCUCUGCUGACCCGGGGGUGUUGGUACUGCUGGGCUGUGGUACUGUGUCUAGUACCUGUGGACAACUGGCCUCCUACCCCCUGGCUCUCAUUAGAACACGCAUGCAGGCCCAGGCCUCCACUGAGGGCGGGCCCAAGCUGUCCAUGGUCGGUCAGUUCAAGCACAUCAUAUCACAUGACGGGGUACCUGGGCUCUACCGUGGCAUCGCCCCCAACUUCCUGAAGGUCAUUCCUGCUGUCAGCAUCUCGUACGUGGUAUACGAACAUAUGAAGAAGGCUCUGGGUGUGAAAUCGUAGAGAGAGGAAGUGAGAGGCAGAAGAAAGAGAGGGAUAUAGAGUGCAGCUCUUGGAUUUCAAGAUGGAGAGGAAGACAGCAGAGGAUUGAGGGAUAGAAGACCCUUUCAUACACAUUCAGUAAGCUUCCCGUUUACACCUAGCGAGACAGAUAUACUCACUGUUUGAAUCUCUCAGCCCCUCAGCCCCUCAAUGAUGCUGUACCGUCAUUAAGAAAGAGGGAAGAGUCUGCUAUCAGGCUGAGCUGAUGUCUGUAAGAAAUGGCUGUGUCCGAGACAGAUUAGGAGGAGGAGGUGUGAGAGGAAUGAAUGAGAGCGAGA